CCGUGGACUCGAGCUCUCGUGCGCCGGCUACGCUGUUAACGUAACGGUUUGAAGAGUAGCACGUGAGGCGCUGGAGGAGCGUUAGCAGGCUGAUAACUGUUUUCACACCGGACUGGAUGUUUGAGGUGGAAACUUAGACGCCAUGUUGAGUGAGUUAUUGAUGGAAAUGUCCCGGUGGCUCAGUAACAAUGUGACUAACCCAGUGGCUGAUGAUGUGUGCAGUGGGGAAGGUUUAUUAAACAUUAUUAAUGUCUAAGCUAAACGAGGGCUGCUUGUCCUGCUAGCUCAAUUAGCAUUAGCUACACGUCACCUGGCAUGGGAGCGAGGUGUCUCGGGUCAUUUUGAUCCCGGGUUUAGUUUCCUCAUGGCAACAGGAGAAUGCGUCUCACAGUGGAAGCAGACAGGGGACACGUCCACGCUGAGGAACCGGAGAACAGUCGCCUCCUCCGGGUCUGUGACAGAGGACUCGCUCCGUCACGCUGCUGGACCCUCCUCAGGAGGUGACACCCACUCCUCCAACGGGACGUCUGCCCGGCUCUCACCCAGAGGAGGCUCCGGUGAUGGGGCUGCAGGUAGACAGCUGCUGCUGCUGCUGCUGGUGGUGGGGGGUCUGUCCUUCUCCACACGUCUGUACAAUAUAUCAGAGCCCCCCCACGUGUGUUGGGAUGAGACGCACUUUGGAAAGAUGGGAAGCUACUACAUCAACAGGACUUUCUUCUUUGAUGUCCAUCCUCCUCUUGGAAAAAUGCUGAUUGGACUCGCUGGCUACAUGAGUGGUUAUAAUGGCACCUUUCCUUUCAUAAAGCCUGGAGAUAAAUACGAACACCACAACUACGCAGGGAUGAGAGCGUUCUGUGCUGUGUUGGGUUCCUUCCUCCCGAUCUUUGCCUACCUCACAGUGCUGGAGUUGUCUCAGUCUCACACUGCAGCUCUCAUCACUGCCGCUCUGCUCAUAUUUGACACUGGCUCAAUCACCAUCUCCCAGUACAUCCUGUUGGACCCAAUACUCCUGUUCUUCAUCAUGGCUGCAGUGCUGAGUAUGGUCAAGUUCAACCAGCAGAGACACAGGCCUUUUACUGCCUCCUGGUGGCUGUGGCUGGUACUGACUGGUGUAAACCUUGCUGGGGCUUUGGGGGUGAAGUUUGUGGGUCUGUUCGUCAUCCUCCUGGUUGGUCUGAACACAGUCAGUGACAUCUGGAGGCUUCUUGGAGACCUGAACCUCUCACUGGUCAACAUUGCAAAGCACUUCCUGGCUCGUGUUUUCAGCCUCAUCCUACUUCCUCUCUUCCUCUAUGUUACGAUAUUUGCCAUCCACUUUGUUGUGCUGAACAAAAGUGGACCGGGAGAUGGUUUCUUCAGUUCUGCCUUCCAGUCUCGUCUAAUCGGGAACAACCUGCACAACGCCUCCAUGCCCGAGUAUUUAGCAUAUGGUUCCACCAUUACUGUGAAAAACCUCCGUAUUGCUGGAGGCUAUUUGCACUCUCACUGGCACUUGUACCCAGAGGGAGUGGGGGCAAAGCAGCAGCAGGUGACGGCCUAUCUUCACAAGGACUACAACAAUCUGUGGCUCGUUCACAGGCAGGAUCAUAACGAAUCUCAAUCUGGGACCCCUGAUCUGGUUCGUCAUGGUGACAUCAUUCAGUUGGCGCACAAAGAAACAACUCGUAACCUUCAUAGUCACCUCUAUGAGGCCCCUCUGACCAAGAAACACUUCCAGGUUACAGGCUAUGGAAUAAACGCCACAGGAGACACCAAUGACUUGUGGCAGGUGGAGGUGUGUGGAGGUCGAAAGGGCGACCUUGUGAAGGUGCUGCGCAGCAAAGUCCGCUUUCGUCACCGAGCCACCGGUUGCGUUCUUUUCUCCUCUGGCAAGACUCUUCCCAAGUGGGGCUGGGAACAGCAGGAGGUGACCUGCAGCCCCUACCUGAAGGAAACUCCGAGCUCUCAGUGGAACAUUGAAGAUCACAUAAAUCCAAAAUUGCCCAACAUCAGUCUGUCUGUGCUGAAGCCCCAUUUCCUGGAGAUCUUACUGGAGUCUCAUAUUGUUAUGAUCAGAGGCAACAGUGGCUUGAAACCCAAAGACAAUGAGAUGACCUCUCAACCCUGGCAUUGGCCCAUCAACUACCAGGGACUGAGAUUUUCAGGGGUGAAUGAUACAGAGUAUCGCGUUUACCUACUGGGGAACCCUGUGAUCUGGUGGAUGAACCUGGCCUGUUUGGGCAUGUAUCUGGUCAUGGUGGUGGUGGCGUCUGUAGCCCUCCAAAGAGGUUUCACACUGGACCAAAGAAGAAUGGAUCACUCUCAUGUUCUGAAGAGAGGAGGAGGCCUGCUUCUCCUCGGUUGGAUUAUUCACUAUGCACCUUUCUUCACUAUGGGCCGCGUCCUCUACUAUCACCACUACUUUCCUGCCAUGCUCUUCAGCAGCAUGCUAACAGGAGUUACACUUGACGUCCUGUUAGAAAACACUGACCUGCUGCUCCGCCCACCUUAUUCUCAUUGGCUAAAGAGAGGCGGCCAGAUGCUGUUUCUGUUUACUGUUCUCUACAGUUUCUACCUGUUCCAUCCGCUCUCCUAUGGCAUGACGGGUCCUCUGGCACACGAGCCGGGCAGCGCCAUGGCUGGCCUCAAGUGGAUGGACUCCUGGGAGUUCUAGGCAGCUCUGCACAACAACAACACACAAAUGAUGGGAUGUGUAACAACUGUUUUGAAUAUGAAGGUCUUAUUCAUGUCUUUCACAGACAUGUUUUUUUAUAUGGUCUUUCAUUUCUAUAAGGUACUGACUUGACACACUUCUAUACCUGUUUUAAGUAUUUAUGCCUGUCAACAUAUCCAAGUAUUGUAGUUUAAAGAAAGGUGGAGAAGACGGACUUGAAUCAGUGCAAUAAAGAGAGCCAGAAUGUUGUGGAGGAUCAUCACCGAGCUGCCUUGACUUGAUGAAAAUCGGAUUUAUAAAUGCUGCUCAGUUUCAAAAAACACUUUAUUACAUAGUUAUUGUCUGUCAGACACUAUUUUGGGCUGUUGAUUUUAGUGCCUGUUAUUUUUGUACUUGUCCAGUACCAACUUCUGUUUAUAUGAUACUACAAGGCUCAGUGCUGUGUACAUUUCAAUGUGAUCAAUAAACUAUGGUAUUAUUGUA